AUGACAGCGACAUUGCAUCAGGCACUUCAGUGGAAGGGUGCAGUGCGCAUCACGUAUGUGGAAAGCCGGAGAAGAGACAGCCCGGAGAAGACAACAUGGCGGACCGUCGCCUACACGCGAAGUCGACAACGGCGGCUGAGUGACAGGGCAUCGCUCGAAUACGAUGCCCAUAGGCUCACACAGAUAGACCCGCGACAGCACACUGACACAUGCCGUGGGUGGACUACCCGGCAGAGCUGCGCCGAAACCUCCCUCGCGGCGGCCCACACUGGGGACGGCACAAAUUCUUGCGUCUCCUGCUGCACCCGCAAUCCCCCAAUGCCUUCUCGGACACGAUAA